AUGUCACUAGAGCAAGUGAGCAAAUUCAAUGCUCAACAUGAAGACCUGAUACAUGAUAUUGCCUAUGAUUACUAUGGGAAGCGACUAGCUACAUGCUCAUCGGAUCAUCGGAUCAAAGUAUGGGACUAUGAUGAAGCUCAGGAUCAAUGGGUCUUUAGUGAUGGCAUCAAAGAACAUGAAGGUUCAGUACUCAAGGUCGCAUGGGCUCAUCCGGAAUUUGGCCAAAUCAUUGCUUCAUGCUCCAUGGAUCGUACAGUGAAAAUCCUCGAAGAAAACGAAACUGCUCCCAAACUACGAUGGCUACGACGGGCUACAAUCACCACCCCGGCUUGUGUACAGGACUUGGAAUUCGCUCCAAACUUUUAUGGACUCAAGCUCGCUACUGUCUCGGCUGAUGGAAUGCUAAAGAUAUACGAACCUGCAGAUCCUGCUAAUAUGGGGUCUUGGGGUACCCCAACGGAUCAAGUCGAGUUGGCUUCUGGUGUAAAGGAACCUGAUGGCCAUUUCUGUCUGUCGUGGUCACCAUCUAGAUUACAACCCAUGAUGCUGGCUUGUGGAGCUGGCCGUGACAACGCAAAGAUUAUUCGACAUGAUCAUACAAACAAACUAGUACCAUGUGAAGUAUUGCCAGGUCACACCGACAUUGUAUGUGACAUUGCAUGGGCUCCACACAUGGGUCGAUCCUAUCAAUUGAUCGCCACAGGAUGCAAGGAUGGACAUGUUCGAAUCUUCAAACUGACUCAAGAAGAAGCCAACACUCGUAAACUAAGUGCUUGGCAAUCUGCUACAAAUGCUGGUGGUGUUGGGUCAGGUCCUGGAGGAAUGACUGGUGGUGUCGGUGGAUCCGCACCUAGUAAACGUAAAGGUUUUAAAGUAGAAAUGAUUGCUGACUUUGGUGAUCAUAAUGCUGAGGUGUGGCGAGUUGAAUGGAAUGUAACUGGUACCAUACUGUCUUCGUCUGGCGAUGACGGGAUGGUAAGGCUGUGGAAGGCAACAUAUUUGGAUGAGUGGAGAUGCAUGGGAAUUAUAGGUGCAGAGGGCUCUUGA